AUGAAUUUUCUGCGCGGAAAUCGAUCGGACACGUCCCAGUUCUGCAAGCUCAGGGUCAUCCUCCUGCUCCCCAAGUCCCACGACGAAGAUGGGGAGAGCGCUCCUCAUCACGGGGGGCUGCCGGCCUGGCCCCCCUCAUCUUCGCCCUCGCCCCCGUCGUCUGCCUCGCCUUCCCCGCCCUCGCCCUCCUCCUCCACGGGCCUGCUACAGCGCCACGACUUCGGCGCCGCGGGGCUCAACAGCAAGGGCACCUACGACUGCGAGUUCCCUCCCAAACUCAGCGUCGAGCAAAUCAAGGCCAACCUCUUCAGCACGAUCCCAGCGCUGUUUCCGCUCUCGCGAAACGAUUUCUAUCUGGCCCUGGCCAAGGAAAUGGUGCUCUACGAAGAGGAGAAGCGGCUGGUGGCGUCUCACGAGGUGGUUGCUGAGAAGUUCUUCAACAAGGAACGGAUAACGGUGUUCCUUCUGCCGAAGGACGAGUGUCCCCCGCCUCCGCAAACGGACAACAGCGCCCUCCCCGAGGAGAAGGAGAUGGAGCGACUCGCCAAGGAAAUCGAGCGCGACGAAUCCGUGUGGUCCACCCGAGAGAUCAUCGUGCGCGCUCCUUCCAAUUUGCCGUGUGUGCCGACUCACGGCAUUUCGGUGGAUGUCUGGGAACAGGGGGAGAGUGGUCUCAGCCCAGCCACUCCCUCGCCGACGACCGGCAGCCGAAGCAUCUUCCAGCGCAAGAAGCCGCUGGCGAUGAGCGUGGACGAGCAACGGAGCGCCGGCACUGCGGCGGCCAUGGCCGCCAGCAAGGCCCUGCGCGGCGAGAUCGCCGAGAAGCCCGAGAAGGUGCGGCGCGGCAGCGUCUUCUCCCGCCGCAGACGCAACAAGGAGCUCAACGACCAGAAGAACUCCGAGCGGCUUGCCGGAGAAUACGCCGGUCGGUUCAUGAGCAGUUCGCGUUCCUACGAUGACCUGAGCCGACCGCGCGAGUACUCCCUCGACAGCGGCGACACCGGCUCGCGAGAGGCCUCUCUCGAUGCGGACGAUUUGGCGUACGGGAAGCAGGGGGCGGACGUGUUCAUGUCGGGCUACCUCGUCAAGCAGGGCGGCAACCGCAAGAACUGGAAGAAGCGAUUCUGCGUCCUCACCGCCGAUUCCAUCCGCUACUACGGCAAGAAGAAGGAUCCCACUCCGAUCGCUGCAAUUCCAUUGGACGAAAUCAUGGCCAUCGCUCGCGCGUUCUCUCUUAUCCGCCUCUUCUGGACCCUCGCCAGAAAGACUCAUUCAUGCCUCACAACACAAACCAGACGGCGCACCUACUACAUGUGCGCGCCCAAUGAAGAGGAUCUGCUGGCCUGGAUGCACGCCACCAAACUGCAGCUCAUCGAGCGCAGGAAAGUCAUGCAAGAGGAAGAGGAGACUGGAGCGGGCAUCGAGGGCUGGCUCACGGUCUGGGUCGUCGUCUCGCCCGGCAAUGAGGCCAACCUCGGCCGCGGGUUCUCCCUGCGGGGCCGAUGGAAACGGUACUGGUGCUUCAUCUCCAAUUCCGACCACUGCCUCUACUACGUCAAGGACCCUUCCACCAAGGACAAGCGCGAGGGCAACUUCCCGCUGCAGGGGGUGACGGUCGAGUUCUCGCAACAGAGACGGUUCUGUUUCUCCCUCAAAUCACAGCAAAAGGUGCUCCUGCUCUCGGCCGACAGUGAGCGCGAGAUGGAGGAGUGGAUGAACGCGAUCUCUCAGCAACCGGUCGAUUGGGAAGGCCGCAAGACCGUCCAGCUGCAGGUCCUCAUGCCCCAAGGCAUCGUUCAAAAGUUGGAUCGGCUCACGUUGGUGCAGACGGCGAACGUUUUGGACGUGCUCUCCCGCAUCCCACCCGAAGAACCCGAAGUGCUCUUCUUCCGCAAAAUGAUGCUCAUCACCCAGAGAGAAGCGCGUCAGUUCGACUCACUGAUGAUCAACCAUUUCCUCCCCGCGCGCCUCGUGCCGGCCGCGCUCGCUGCCUCCGCCUCCGAUUCCGCCUCUUCUCCCUCACCCUUCUCCAUUCCUUCACCGUCUUCCUCCUCUUCUUCUUCGUCGUCAUCUUCGUCGUCUUCGUUCUUGCCGGCGACGCCCUCCUCGCCGCGCGGCGUGGCCGUGGGCGGCGGCUUCUCCUUUGCCGCGCCCGCAAGUACCGGCUCAGUCGCCGUGCCGUCGCCCGCCACCGGCGGGACUGCGCAUUCGGACCUCAUGUCGUCCGGUUUCCUCACCCGCACCAACUCGCUGCCCAACCUGCAGUACAGCAGCCACCACCGCAGCGGCGGCGGCGGCUUAGGCGGUCAGCCCUCGGGGUCGGACCUCAUCGCCACGGCGGCCACGGGGCUGCCGUCUUCGUCGUCGUCAAGUCUGUCGACAGCCCAUACCGCGGUUGCGAUGUCGACAUCACUGUCGUCGGUGCGGACCAUCAGCGGUGGCGGCCGCAAGCUCAACCUGUACUUCCACUUCUUUGAUGUCGACAGCCGCCAGCCAGCCGCACCGACGCCCAGCGAGCGCGGGGGCGGGUCUAGCGGAGGCGCCUCGGGAGACGAUGACGCUGCGGCCGGCAGCGAGUCGACAGAACUGACGACACCGCCCGUGCGGCGGAACGGCGACGUCAGCGCAGGCUUCGGCUACCGCCGGUUCAACACCGAGAUGCUGGUCUCGCGCCAGAACACGCCUCUGCCACCUCCGCCCGUGGCCUCUCGCAACGGUCGCGCGUUCCUGCGGACUGCCACGGGCGGAUCCGCCUCGGACUCAGACGCCGCCGCCGCCUCCCCCGACGGCGCAGACAGCAGCAGCAGCGGCAGCACCCAGCCUGCUCAGAAGAAGCCCGCGACGAGCCUCGUCGAGAGCCUCAAAUUCGAGCGACCCGGGCGUCGCAGUCUCGAAGUCAUGGGUGAGGAAGUAAUCGGAGACCAGCCGGCGUCGCCCCGAGCGACCAACCCGUCGGCGUCGUCGUCAGUGCCAGCCAUCCGGCGCCGACCCAGCGAUGCCGCGGCGCGAGGCAGCAACAACAUGCUCUCCGCGAGCCAUCGCAACUUCUCGCCACACACGAAGCUGUCGCUUGCAAUCAAUCCCGAUGCCACCAUCGCCACCGCAAUCGCAGAGGUGAUGAGCAAGUACCAGCGCAUCUACAAGAAAAAACAGCCGUCCGAGCUUGAGCCGGAGUCGCUGGACGAGACCAAGCGUGCUGAGCUGGGCAAAUUCAUCCUGCAAGUGAAAGGGCGACGCGAAUACGUCUUCGACUCGAACGACACCACGAUCGCGCAGCUGGCGUACGUGGCCAACUGUCUGGCGCACUGGGACAAGAUCGAGUUCGUCAUUCGCGAGAGGUCCGCCCUCAGCGGCCACAUCGAUGACAAGAUCAAGUACUACAAGGAGCGGGUGAAGCAAACGACUCCUCGCAGUCGCAAGGGCGAGGACUCGCCGCAGGGAACGCGCAGCCGCCGAGUGGCCGGCCGCUGGAACCCGGCAACGGCAACGGCGACCGCAGGGGCAGGCACAGUCGCUGCCGCACCGGCCACGUCCCCGCCCGACUCGGACGCGGCCGUGGAGGUGGACACAAGCGACUCUGCGCAGGACGUCGGUGAGAGGGAACGACAGGAGAGCAACGACGACGACGAGCCCUCGGUGGAGAUCGUCGAGCAUCAGUGCUACGAUGUCGACGGCCUUGACGACGUGCCGCUGGUGCUCAAGAUCCUGGGCGUCGAACAGCAGCAGGCCGAAAUCUUCGACGUCAACCCCAACAUGUCGGUCUCUGUCGAGUGCGGACUAUAUUAUGGCCCCAUGCAGCUGGGCAUCUACCGAACGGAGCGCAUGCGCAAGGUGAACGCCUGGUCCGAUCGCCCGCAGGUCUUCCACACCCACCUUCCCCUGUCGCACAUCCCCAAGGAAACGAGAGCGUGCUUCCGCUUGAUCGCCUACCAAGGCAAGGACGAGUGGGCCAUCGGUUGGGGCAAUGUGGCGCUGUUCGACCAUGCCGGCAGGUUCCUCACCGGCGGCUUCGAGGUCCACAUGUGGGAAGGCGACCGGCCUUCGCUGAUGGCGCCGUGUGUGCCCAACUUCGGAUCGGGAGUGGAGAGCGUGAUGCGGAUCCGGGCCUCGUCCAUCUCCCCGCCCUCGCUCGUGCCCAUCGCCUACACGCGGCCCUACACCGCCCUCGCCGUCUCCCCGGCCGCCUCCGUCGUCCCCACGUCGCCGGCGCUGACCGACCCGGCGUGUCCGUCGUCGGAGGCCUUCUCCGACGGCUUUGCCACGCCGUGCGCCGGCUCCUCCCCGGCGGACCCGCGGUCCCGCUUCCGGGCCGACACCGUCGCAGCGCCCGUCGAUGGCCUCGCGCCCUUCCGCACGUCGUCGUUCGACGAGGAGGAUUUCAUCGACCACGAGAUGCAAAUCCUCAAACAGAUCAUCAACCAAGAUAUCUUCUACGAGCUCAGCACGGAGGAGAAGCAGAUGAUGUGGAAGCACCGGGACGCCUGCAUCCGCGAGCACCCGCGGUCGCUGGCCAAGCUCCUGCUCUCCAUCGACUGGCUCGACCGCUCCGCCGUGCGCGCCUUCGCCUGCCGGUGCCUCCAGAACCUGUCCGACGAAGAGCUGGCCGUCUACGUGCCGCAGCUCGUCCAGGCCCUCAAAUACGACACCUACCACCACUCGGCCCUCUCUCAGUUCCUCCUCUCCCGAGGGCUGCGUUCUCGAUUGAUUGUGGGCCAGCGCCUGUUCUGGGAGGUGAAGGUGGCGAGCCAGAUCGAGCGCAACGUCAAGCCCAAGUGGGAUCCCAACGUGGCCUCGUCGCCCGCCAGCAGCGGAGCCUCCGAUGAGCGCGAGGUGCGGGGCAGCGGCGGCGAAGCCAUGGCCCUGCGCUACGGACUCCUCGCCGAGGCCUACCUUCACGGUAUUGGAGCGCAGCACAGGGAGGAGAUCAUGAAGCAGGUGUUCGUGAUGGAGGAGCUGCUGGCCCUGUCGCACGCGCUCAAGAAGAUCCCCAAGAACAAGCGCGACGCCUUCCUCAAGUACAAGCUCGCCCAGUUCCCCUUCCCCAAGGACGGCAUCACCCUGCCCCUCGAGCCUCGAAUGCAGGUGAAGGGCUUCGUUGUGGACAAGUGCAAGGCGCUCGAUUCCUUCACCGUUCCGUUGCGGCUGGUGUUCGACAACAAGGAGGACGUGGGCGAUCCGAUCACGGUCAUCUACAAGGCCGGCGACGACCUGCGCCAGGACGCCCUCACCCUCCAACUCAUCCGCGUCAUGGACACCCUGUGGAAGGACGAAGGGUUGGACCUGCGGCUCACCACCUAUGGUGUCAUGGCCACCGGCGAGAAGGAGGGCAUCAUCGAAGCUGUCCUCAAUUCGACCACCGUCGCCGAGAUCGCCAAGGAGGCCGGAGGGGCCACGGCGGUGUUCAACCCGCAGACCAUCUCCAAUUGGCUCAAGCAACAGAACCCCGACGACACCAAGUACGCCAUGGCCGUAGAGAAUUUCAUCUACUCGUGCGCCGGCUACUGCGUCGCAUGCUACAUUCUCGGCAUCGGCGAUCGGCACAACGACAACAUCAUGGUGACCAAGACGGGCCACAUGUUCCACAUCGACUUUGCACACUUUCUAGGAAACGUGCUCAGGUUUGGACCGAUCGUGCGGGACAAGGCGCCCUUCGUGUUGACUCCCGAGAUGGUGUACAUUAUGGGCGGCCGAGAGAGCCAACAGUUCCAACGCUUCAUUCGGCUGUGCUGCCGCGCCUACAAUGUGGUCCGCAGCCAUGCCAACGUCUUCACCAACCUCUUCGCCAUGCUGUCGUCAAAGAACGACAUGAACUAUCUGAUGAAGGCGCUGGCACCGGAGAUGACCGAAGAGGAGGCCGCCAAGACCUUCACGGGUCUCAUCUACAAGAGCCUCGACACCAAGACCACCCAACUCAAUUUUGCCGUACACAUCCUGGCCCACCGCGACUAG